AUGUCCCAUCUUAUUAUUGUAGGACCACCAGGAUGUGGAAAAGGCACUAUUAGUAAAAAACUUGCCAAGGAUUUUAAUUUUAAACAUGUUAGUACAGGAGACCUUCUAAGGAAUACUGGGGAUAAAAAUGUACAAGAAAUACUAAAAAAUGGUAAUUUUGUAUCCGAUGAAUGUAUUACGCAGUUAAUUGAAGAAGAAUUACUUAACAAUUCCUGUAUUUUAGAUGGAUUUCCUCGUACAUUAGUACAGGCUGAAUAUCUUGAAAAAUGUAAAGAUAAGAAUAUUAAUAUAUCACUUGUUUUAUUAAUUAAUACAAGUGAAAAAGAAUGUAUUAGAAGAAUACAGAAUAGAGAAGAUCAAAGAGAAGAUGAUAGAGACGUAGAAGUAAUUAGAAGAAGACUUAAAGUAUAUCACAUGUGUACUGAACCACUAAUAGAAUUUUAUAAAGAAAGAAAUUUACUGGUGACAGUUAAUGGAAAUAAGACAAAGGAUGAGGUGUACAAUGAUGUAUUAGAAAUAUUAAAAAGAAAAGGUAUAUGA